AUGGCCCCCUGGCUGGUGGUGUGCCUCGCUCUCUGCCUCUCCUUCUGGUGGCUGUGGAGGCACCUGGCCCUCCCAGGCUGCGGGACACGCCAUGCGGGGCCCCGGCGGGCCCCCACGGAGGGCGGGCACGGGGCCGCAGCCCGUCCGGGAGAGGAGACUGCCACACGGGUCGGGGACUGCCGGCUGUUCUGCAAGCCCUCGGCCCUGGCACACGCCCUGGUCGGGGCCUUCCGGCACUCGGCCGAGCUGGACGCCCGCCACUGGCUCUGGAAGGGCUGGCCGAGCCUGCAGACGGCCGUGCAGCUCCUCUGGCCCCCGGGCCGGCCGCUGGCGAUCUCCCGGGAGCACCUGCAGCUGCCGGACGGCGGCAUCGUCGCGCUGGACUGGGUGGGCGCCCCCCCGGGCCGGGCCGGGGCCCCCCACGUGCUGCUGAUCGUGCCGGGCGCGGCCGGCCAGGUCACCCGCGGCAUCCGCCAGCUGUGCCGCCUGGCCCUGCGGGAAGGGUGCUUCCCGGCCGUCUUCAACCGGCGGGGCCACAACGGCUGCCCCCUCACCACCCCGAGGCUGCAGCCCUUCGGGGACCCCGCGGACCUGCGGGAGGCCGUGGCGUACGUCCGCUUCCGGCACCCCUCCGCGCCGCUCUUCGCCGUCAGCGAAGGCUCCGGCUCCGGGCUGCUGCUCUCCUACCUGGGCGAACACGGGGCGUCGAGCGGCCUGGCCGGGGCGGCCUGCGUCUCCCCCGUGCUGAGGGCCCGGGCUUGGUUCGAGGCCGGCACCCCGUGGUGGCACGAAUGGAUCUCGCUGGCACUGCAGAGGAGACAAAUCAGCAGGUACGCCGAGGCCCUGCGAGGGGCGGUGGACGUGGACCGGGCGCUGGGCAGCCGCUCGCUGCGGGCCCUGGAAGAGGCGCUCUUCUGCCACGCCGGGAGCCCGGGCGCCACGUGGGAGGCCUACUGGGAGCGCAACGAGCCCCUGCGGGACGCGGACGAGGUGGCCGUGCCGGUGCUGUGCCUCUGCAGCGCCGACGACCCCGUGCGCGGGCCGCCGGGCGCCACCCUGCCCUGGGAGCUCUUCCAGAGCAGCCCCUACCUCUUCCUGCUGCUCAGCCCCCACGGCGGGCACUGCGGCUUCCUCGGGAGGCGCCUCGGGGAGUCGUGGGGCAACCCGGUGGCCCUCCGCUUCCUGCGGGCCGUGCUGGAGUUCCUCCGCCUGGAGGAGCAGCCGGAGGAGAGGCCGGGACGGAGGAGCUCGGCCCUGCCCCAUCGCCGCUGGCGGGGCACCCUUCCGAGCGCAGGGGCCGGGCCCCCUUCCCCGGAGAGCUUCAGCUGGCACCGCUCGUACACCCGCUGA